AUUUGAUAUCUUAAAAGUUAAGCAUAGAAAAAAGCAGUUGAAUUCUUAGAAUUUAUACUUAAUCAGUUGCCAAUAACCAUGGAUCAGUUAGCUAAGUGUGAAAUUAAUUAUUCAAACGAUAAUAGCACUAAGGAAUUUUUAUUAAAUGAAAAGACUUGUGAAAUGUAUAAAGAUAGCGAUGACGAAAUGAAGAUGAUAUUCAGCGAAAUAAAGAAAUUGUCUGACACCAAGAACAAUUUCUCUGAUGUGGGAGAGGAUAGUGAGGAUGUGGAAUUAAUUUUGAAAAAGGCAGAGGACAUAGCAUUGGAAACUGAGAAUUUACUGAAAGUUGGACCUCCUCUGCCCAACAGCAUCUGUACCUCGAAGAGUGCUAACAAUAUUCCUGAUAUAAGAAUCACAAGUUCCAAUGAAAAUGAUGUUACUACUAAGAAAGAUACUAAGGUUAACAGCAAAACAGAUACUCUUAAUCCUAAAACACUCGGUGAAAGCCGACGCAAGCCCAAAGCGAGACCUUUCUCCGCUGGCGUAGUCGAUACUAAGAAAAAGGAUGCAGCUAGAAAUGCUAAAUCCGCAAACAUUUCGCCGAAGAAAAUUCAAACUUGUAAGCAUGAGUCACUUGUAGAGGAAUUAAAAGACACCAACGAAAGAGUAAAAGGCCUGGAAAUUUUAAACGUCCAACUCACAGACGACAAUAAAAUGCUCAGAAAAAGAUUAGAACAAAUAAGUGAAGAUAAACAUAUAGCUGAGCUAAAAGUGGCCGAAUGUGAAAAAUUCGUUCACAGAAUUUCAAAAGAAUACGAACACAAGAGUUCUGAACUUAAAUCGUGUAAAGAGAACGAAAAAACUUUAUCAGAAGAGUUGUUGAGAGAAAGAAACGAUAGAAAGAGCAUAACAGCACAAAGAGAAAAGGACGUGUCUGUUAUAAAGGAUCUGCAGAGACAAGUUAAAGAAAUGGAAAUGAUUCUGAGAAGAAAACACCCAGAUUCAGUUUCGGCUUUAAUUGUUGCAGCAAAAUCAUCAUCAGUUGAAGAUAAUAAAAAGAAAUUGCUGGAAGAACGGAUCGUGCGUUUGGAACAAGAAUUAAAAGACAAAGAAACACAUUUCCAAGGAAUACUGUUGACGCUACAAGAAAAAUUCGGUGACAUGAAACAAAAGUACGAAAAUCAUAUCAUCGACGUAGAAAGGCAAUUGAUGGACGAUAGGAAAGUCAAUAAUGAUUUGAGGAAUAAGAUUAUAAAAGCAAAUAUGAGUAAUGCAGAGACUCAAACUGUUAUUAAGGUUCAACAUUCGGCAACGCAGACGCUUUUAAAGACUGACCGAGCCUCGUCGGCCGUGAGUCGAUUAACACAGAACUCUGCGCUUAUUUUCAACAAGCUGAAAGAAGAUAGUUAUUUGGUAGCGACGAUAAAAGGCCUGCAAGCCGAGUUGACGGUUAAACAGCGGACUAUAUCGAAGAUAAACAGGGAGACGGAGGAGUUGAAGAAAAACUUACGCAACUUGCAGAGGGAGAAAGAAGUACUCCUAAACAUAAACCCACAAAAGAAGACAAAUUGUAAGCAGAUCAAAGCGGCAGAGGGCGUUUUGAAAGCUCACAACGAUUUGGAGGCAGAGUUGAGUGAGACGCGGAAACAGAAGGAGGUUUUGAUGGAAGAAAGAGUAGGGUUGCUAUCUUCAUUGAAACGGACCAAUGAGGACUUGAUUACGCUGAAGAAGAAGAGGAUUCAGGACUUACACACCCUCCAACUGGCUCACGAGAAGGAACUAAUGCAGAUGAACCUACAACUCUAUCCCCUACACGAAGAGAUCAAAAUCCUCAACCGGACAGUGGAAAUACUCCAAGAGCGCCUUCGUACCGCUGACGACAAACUGCUGAAGUAUGAGAGCAAAGUAAUUGUACACGCGGGAGGAGAUGGGAAGAGUACUCGUUGAUGAAAAUGGAGACUAAAAGGUUUGAUUUUAUUUAAAAGUGAGCAUAAGGCGGAUAUUAAACGCGCUUUGGACGUAUGGCGACAUAGAUUUUGAUUGUUUGCACCAAUCCGUUUGCUAAUUUACGAUGAAUAAUUCAAUUAAUCAGUUCUUUUCUGAGACUCAAAGCAUCUCCUUAAUAAUAUCAUUCAGAGGUUAAGGCGUCACAAACACAUUUUUGCAUUUUUAAUUUUACUAUGGAAUCAUUCGAAUCUCAUCUGAACUCUGAUCAUCAUAUUUUGCUAUAUUACGCCAUAGCCCAUAAGCUUUAACAGGAAGAGCAAAAUUUGAUGUAGAAAGUUAUACAACAAGUUGGGAAACUUGACUAUGGAAAUGUACUUUAUACUUAUUUAAUAAUAAUUGAUGAGUACCUAUCCAUUUAUUUGGAAACUACGCACAAAUAUUAUGUGAGAGUAAUUCUUGUGUACAAACUAUGUAGUCUGAAGUUUGAAGAAUGGAUAUUUUAACCUAAAAAUAAUCGCGCAACUUUUGUGACAAUACAAUAGUUAUACUAAUAAAUUUAUUUAGUAUUGUUAGUUUAGAUUUAGGUAAUGGACUUACUACUGCACAGAGUGUUAGUUUUGUCAGUUUUCAGCAAUAAAAACCUAAGUUUAGUUUAUUGUCACUAGAUGGCGUCAAAUAUUGAUACACCUUUAAUUGUGUUUUCAAAACGUUUAAAUAACUGAAGUAAAGUAUAAUAAUUAACUGAAGUAAAGAGUACCACCCAUGCCAUGUUUGUGUCGUGUUUUUUAAAUAUUAAAGUGCUGCUUACGUGUGUCGCUUUAAGGUUUUUAUUGUUUGUUUAAAAACGCAUAAUCAAGACGAAUGCUGGCCAAAACAGAAAAAAAUUAAACGUAAGACAAU